CAGCAUAAAAGGAUGUUUCUUAAUGAAACUGUAUGCUGAGCCUUCAUUCCUAGAAAGGGGUGAUGCCCGUGUUGUUCUCACAGCAAAGCAGUCAGAGGCAGGUUAGACCAAGGCCUGCUGCUCAGGCCCCUUCCACACAGCUCAAUAAAAUGCCACAUUAUCAGCUUUGAACUGGAAUAUAUGGCAGUGUAGACUCAGAUAACCCAGUUGAAAACAGAUAUUGUGGGAUUUUCUGCCUUGAUAUUCUGGGUUAUAUGACUGUGUGGAAGGGCCCUCAGUGGCAUAGUUAAAAGUGGGUUAGAACUCAUCAAUGGUAAUGCAGGCAGUCCCUAAGGCCCAUUCCACACAGCUGUAAAAAAAAUCCCACUUUUCCUGCUUUGAACUGGAAUAUAUGGCAGUUUGGACUGAAAUAACCCAGUUCAAAGCAGAUAUUGUGAACUUAUCAGCCUUGAUAUUCAGGCUUAUAUGGCUGUGUGGAAAGGCCCUCAAAUAAUCCCAUUCAAAGCAGAUAUUGUGGAUUAUCUGCUUUGAUAUUCUGGGUUAUAUGGCUGCAUGGAAGGGCCCUGAGUCCACACUGCCAUAUUCAAUAUGGAUUUUAUACAACUCUGUGGAAGGGGCCCCAGUAGCCCUCUACAGGGCAGAGUGAUGGCCAGCGACAAAAACAGAAACAAGCCCUUAACACAAUGGAAAUGGAAAUGCUGAGAUGGACACUUGCCUUGACAAAUGAUGACAAGUGUCAAAGACUAGGAAUAAAAGCAAUGAGCAAGAAAAUGCAGGAAGCAAGACUAUGGUGGUUCGGCCAUGUCAUCAGAAGAGAACCAACAUCAAUAGCACAAACAGCGCUGCAUUUGGAGAUUGCAGGACAGUGACCACGUAGACGGCCAAAGAAAAGGUGGAUAUACACCAUCAAUGGAUACAUGCAUGCUGCCAUUGGUCAUGUGUGUGGUAUUUGUGCAAUUUGUUCAAUUUGUGCUUCCGUUUCGUACCGUCCAUUCGGAUGGCACAAAACGGAAAGGCCCCCCGGAACAAAAUUCAACUCAAUACGAAAGGCAUCCGGGAGCCGAUAUUGGCUCCAAGUCUGCUUUUCAGAUCAACAUAGGCCCAAUGUGCUGGGAUGGAGGCAACCCGACUCUUUGGGCCUACAGGUGCAGGCUUUGAGCCUACGUGCCCAGACCUCUCAGGGUCUGCUGCAGACUGCAGCCGAGUGCCUAGUAAGGAGUGCUCCUUUCUCAGCAAUCGGCUGCAGGCCCUGUGAAGCCCAGGUGCAUAGACCCAAAGCCUGCACCCAUAGGCUUGGGCGUUUUGGGCCUAUGGGUCAAGUGUCUGUCCAGGCUAACAUGGUUCAGAAAUAGCAGCUGAGGGCCCUUCCACACAGCUAACCCACAAUAUCUGCUUUGAACUGGUUUAUCUGAUUCCACACUGCCAUAUAUUCCAAUUCCAAGCAAAUAAUAUGGGAUUUUAUUCAGUUGUGUGGAAGGAGCCUGAAAGAAGAAACCAACAGUUCAAAGUUCUAGCUGUGUGUAGUAUAUAGUGUGUGCUUGCAGAAGUACUAAUGACUUAUCAUACUAUAUUGCUAUUAUCCCACUUUUAACUACCCAGGGAACAUCAUGUGGUAUCUUGGAAUUUGCAGUUUGAGGAGGCAAAUUUGAACUGCAUUAUAAGGAAAAAUGACUGCUGGCUCCAUCUUAGUGCCUCAAGUUAUACCACUUCGUAUUUCGACAUCAGGAAAUGCCAAACAUGAAAUAGAUACAAAUACACUUGUAGAAAUUAAAUCAGAUACCCCUGAUGUUACAAUAUAUUAUACUAUUGAUGGAAGUAAACCACAAAUCUUUAGAAGACUUGGUUACAGAGAUGAUAAUACAUUUAUGUAUAAGGAACCAAUCACAUUACCAGAUGGGAAAAUAACAGUAAAAGCUCUGGCAGUCACAAAGGACUACAGAGAGAGUGCAAUUGUAACAAAAAUAUUUUUAGUAAAAUAUUCAGCUCCAAACACCCAUGUACUUCAUGAAGAUGACAAGAAAUGCUUGGAAGAUAUUUCUGGAUUGGAAGUGGAAAAUGGAUUCUCUGAUUUAAGUCUAAGAAAGAACAAAGUGAACAUGAAAAGCAAACUUCACUGCAGUACUGUAGCAAAGGAAUUGCAAGGUUUGUCAGAAAGAAAAGGAGUCAUGCCCUUGCAUCUCAGUGGACCAAAUUUGAUUAAAAAUUACUUGAGUGUCACGAGUAACAGAGAAGAGCCUGACUUCACUGUGUUUAGGCCUCAGUCACAGUAUUCUGUGAGCAAUAGUAGAAAACCUACAAGUGCUCAGGGACUGAGAAUUCAGACAGAAACAGAUAUCACCAAGCAUAUACAAUGUUUAACUCCUCAGUCAUCUGAUCUGUAUUCUUAUUUCUGCCAAAGAUGUGGCUCAUUGAUUCCAUCAGUGCCUAAAUGUAGCACUCUACCUCCUGCAGAUAAUAAGGGCAAAGUACUCUGCUAUGUUUGUGGAGCAGAAAAUCCAGAUCACAUUAAACAGUGUGUCAUCUGUGACAGCAAUCUACAUGAAGAGCUAAAGACUGGGCAACAUCAAUGCAAUUUCACUUGUUUCAAGUGUGGCACAAGCAAAUAUCCAUAUGGUAGAUUCUGCAGCAUCUGCAGAGCUGAACACUCCUCCAGGCUGGGCUCUGAGGAUAUGCUACAGUUGACUUCUGGAGAAUACAGAGGGAUUUCUGAGAAUGAUAACUUGCAGGCCUGGGAGCAAUCACUUGUUUCAUUGCCAACAACAAGACCAGAUUUACUAGGGAAAAAAGAACAAGGAACACAAACUACUGGCUUGUUCUAUCCAUCCAGCAAACAUCUGGAGAAAAAGGAAUGUGAUCUGAUUUCUCAAAAGGAGAAGCAUAGUAAGAUACAUGAUCACAACCCUCUGCUCACAGCUAUCAGUCCUGGAAGAGGUUAUUGGAGAAAGCAACUUGAUCAUGUCUGUGCACACCUCAGAAGCUAUGCACAGAAUAACGUGGAGUUCAGGACAUCAGUUGGAGAGCCUCAAAUGGGGAAGCUUAUUUCUGCUAUAGUUCACAAAGAUGAUUAUCAAGUUAGCCUCCAGAUAAAUUAUGCACUUGCUGGAAAUAAGGAUAUUUUGACCAGCAAACCCAUGACAUUUGAUGAUUAUGGUCUGAGCCCCAUCAAACCAGCAAGAAGAAUAUCAAGUCUCAACAAGAACAGCAAAAAGAUGACAGAAACAAGAGCUUCUCUAGAAAAAGAAGAUAUGCUUAAUUCUGAGUCAAGGCAGUUACUGAAGGAAGUAGGCUCAGAAGGACACGGAGAACCCUUUUUAAUAGAACAACUAAUUGACGAGGGAGCCGACCCCAACUGCACCAAUAGUGAUGAUCAACCAGCUUUAACAUUAGCAGUUCUGAACAAUCAUCAUGAGGUUAUUCCUGUUCUUAUAGGAAAAGGUGCAGACAUCAACCAUCCAUCAGGACUACAUAACAACACAGCCCUUCAUGAAGCAGUCUUGCUUGGAAUGAAAGGAUGGAAGUGCAUUGAAGCUUUGCUAGGAUGCAAUGCAGAUGUUACAAAGAAGAAUGCCAAUGGGUUGUCAGCCUGUGAUUUGGCACUGAAGAGUGGAAGUGACAAAAUAAUUUCGUUAUUUGCUAGUAAGCUAAAAUAGGGGAAGCUGAACAAAUCUACCCACCCAAACUACUAAUGAAUAGUUCCAGCAUCCAUUUUGUUUGGAAGACCAAAGUUAUUGAAGUUUUCUUUUUGAUUUAUAUGGCUUCUAACAUUAGUUAAAUGUAAGAUUUUUUCAUGUGAGAUCACUUAACUUUACAGAUGACUAUGUUGAUGCUGUAAUUCCUUUCCUUGCUGAUUUUUGGAGGGUGAUCAGCUAAACAUCUUUGCUUCUAUGUAUUGUGCUCUGAAAACUGACAACCGAUUCAAGCUCAAAAUGGUGUGGCUGUGUGCCAUUUACUGCAUCGGAGCCUCCAGAUGGCAUAGUGGACUAAGUGACUUGAAGGUUGGGUUGCUGACCUGAAAGCUGCCAGGUUCGAAUCCCACCCGGGGAGAGCGCGGAUGAGCUUCCUCUAUCAGCUCCAGCUCCAUGCGGGGACAUGAGAGAGGCCUCCCACAAGGAUGGUAAAAACAUCAAAAACAUCCGGGCGUCCCCUGGCCAAUUCUCUCACUCCAGAAGCGACUCAAGUUGCUCCUGACACAGAAAAAAAAUUACUGCAUCUGUUAACACACAUAAUCGUUUUCUAUUCCUUAUAUACACAGUCAACACAAUAGUUUCUUACUAUAGUUUAGUCAUUUUUGUCAACAUUGCUCCAUAGCACCAGUACUAUUUUUCUUGUCACUUGAAUUUUCUUGGCAAGAUUUAUUCAGAGGAGGUUUGCCAUGGCCUUUCAGUUAAAUUGAAGACCACUCUCUCAAUUUAGUUUUUUAUAAACUUAUAAAGCCUCAAUUGUUAAGUUACCACUUCCCCAGAUAUUGUAAGUUUCAUAGACUCAUAGAGCUGGAAGAGUCCACAAGGACCAUCCAGUCCAACCCGAUUCUGCCAUGCAGGAACACAAGCUCUCCUGAAAACAACCCCAAGGUACUAGCUGUAUGGCCAGUAUUAGUAGGCCCUUUACUCUGGACAGUAUCAUUAACUAUCAUCAUCAUCAUCAUCAUCAUUUAAUUACUUAUUAAUCGCCCUCCAUCCACGAUGCUCUAGGCGAUUUACAAGAUAAAAUUGUAAAAGAUAAAAAUACAUACAUACAAAUAUUGACAAAAUUAACAUAAAUUAAAAGCUCUAGUAAAGAGCCAGUAAAGUAAAGUAAAGAGCCAGUAAAGAACUAUGCUGACUGUACCUUUGCUAGCCAUGAAACAUCUGACUCAUUUCCUCCUUCCUCUCUACUGACAAAGUCUGUGCCCUUCAUAGUGCUAAUCAAAGCUCCCAAAUUUGUUGUACACUUUGUUAGGAUCUGUUUCCUUCAUAUCCAAGUGUAAUUUCACAAUUGACUUUGCAUUUACUAAAAUGUCACCCAAGGAUAGGAAAACCUGAAUCCCUUUUUGUUUCAGGAAAGCUUUAGGGGCAUUUAUACCCUCUGGGAGAUGAUGAGAGACCAAAAGGCAUAGCUCUGAAUUGAAAGUGACGUCCCAGGUAUUUGAAUCUUAGAUAUUUCCAGUGUUCCUAUGUCAUUGGUAUAUGUAGAUAGGCUUCACUCAAAUCGCUAGAAAUCAAAUGAUCCCCUACUCUUAAAUUCUCAUUUAUCAAUGUUAGUGUUUACAUCUUGAGUCUGAGAUACCUCAGAAACACAUUGAGGUAUCUCAGAUUCAGCAUCAGGCGAUGAAUUUCAUUGCUCUUGUACUUUAAAAAAGAUAAGGACUCCUCUUUGACUCCUCUGUAGCUUCUAUUUCAGUUCUGAAGGCUGCAGCCCAGAUGCAGUCCUCCAAGGUCAUUAACCUGCCCCCCCCUUUCCACCCUUAGCGUCUCCCCAAGUCUAAAAAAACUUGAAAGUACACAACAACAACAGGCACACACUUCCCAUUGAAAUACUGGUAAGUUCAUGUUGGUUCAUUUUAAACAUUCUAUUGUUUGUUCAUGUUCUCUGCACUACAAAUAAAAUACGUGCAGUGUGCAUAGGAAUUCAUUCAUAUAUUUUUUCAAAUUAUAGUCCGGUGCCCCAGCAAUCUGAGGGCCCAUGAACUCUGCUUAAAAGGUUUGAAGACUCCUGUCAUUUCAUUUAGAUAUUGAAUCUCAUAUAACACCACCGUCCUUUUCUUGUGAUAUCUUAGAAAUGGAAACGGAAGAUAUUUGCUUCUUGGAAUAUUGUUCAAUAAAAUUUUGUAUCCUGAAGUGACCGCUUAGUUCGCUCAUCAAUCUUAUGCUUCUCCAGUGUCUUCCAAACAGCCUUCCCCUUAUCAGUGCCAAAAGGUAGUCAGUUUUGUGUCCUCCCACUUUCUUGUACUGACAUUUCCUUUUCUACUUUGUAGAGAUCUGGAAUGCUGUCCCCGUCUUCUAAAUCAAUUUCUCAUUUUAAACCAUGUUUUAAUGUUUUUAUUCUGCUUGCCUGCUGCUACUUCUUUCUUCACAAAAGUAAAAGUAUGAAUUGUAAUUUCCUCGAAAUGUAUUUCUCUCAAAUCUCUUCGUCUAAAUUGGCAGGUGUAACACAUUUCUUUUCUCUCCCCUCUAGUAAUCCCUUUCCCAGCAAUUUGUCCUAAAUGGGACAAAUGUGGUUAUUUCGUGAUAUAUGAUCAGCUUUCCAUUGUUUCAACCAGAGACCUUACAGUUGUGAUUGCAUAUAUGCUGCAUCAUGCUGUUAAGCAUUGCAUUGUAGCCUACAUCGGCCACAAAUUCUAAGGAUCUUUUUAUUCUCUGUAAGACUCUAUGUAAUGCUUGUUCUUCUAGUUCUGUACCUUUCAUAAUAUCUUUUACCCAUAAAACUGCAGUGUGACCUAACACUGAAGAUGACAUAGCUUUCAGUACUGAAGGUGCAGCUUCAUGUGCUUUUUUAAAAAGCCACAUCAGCCCUUCUCUUGAUCAGCUUUUAUAAAGAAAUGUUCCCUUUAUAUAGUCUCCAAAAUUAAGGUAACAGUCAGGCCAUGAGAGGAAUCUUUAAUAAAUCAAUUUCCUGCUUUAUUUUAUGUCUCACUUCCCCUUCUUGUGGUUUUCCCGUAUGAAGGGAACACAUUCUGUGUGAAAGUAAUUUCUGUUCUCGCAGACAUUACUAAACGAGCUAUUGUACUUUGCCAUGUUCUCUUGUUAAUAUUUCUGGUGAGAGUAAGAACCUGUAAUAUAAAUAAUUGGUAUGCUUUCUAAUCGCAGUCACCAGGAUAGAAAUGGCAAGAAAUUGGAAAACAGGAGCCCCUUCAAUAGAUGACUGGUAAUACAGAAUCUAGGGAGCUUUAUUAAUGGUGUAUUCAUUGGCCCCACACCAGCCUGUUAAAACAACAUUCCGUUAUUGAAAAAUGAUUUCCCUUCAUAUCUCUGAUCUGAUUAAACCUUUUUCCUUUGUCAUGUUUGUCAUCUCUGUGGCCAUGAUUACAAUCUUACCUAUUUUAACGAAGUGAAAUAAUGGAAUUAAGGUAAAGAAAUAAAAUAAUGAUAGUUUGGAAAGUUUGAUUAGGUAAAAUGAAGACUUGAAGAAACUAAAAUGCAUCUAGCUGACAAGUCAAGAUUUUUUAAACUGAAGGAGACAGGAGACUUUGGUUUAACUGAAAAGGACCAUUGGCUCCCUGCCUAGGAAUGCUAGUGCCAAGAAAACCAAUAGCUUAGUGGAUUGCUCCUCUGUCCCAGUCAGAUAAUUGUCUGCCCAAGCUAGUAUCCUCCAGAUGUGGCAAAUAGCUCCCAUUAUCCUUAUUUAUGGCUGAUGUAAAUAAAUUGUACAAAUUGA